AUGGCGGAGGCGGAAGAAGUUGUGUCGCCACGGACCGAAGCCGAGAAGGAAACGCCACACUUACCCUUGCCACCAGGCAGCUUGACGGAUGCGAAACGGACUGCAGUGGAGGCAGAUGGCGUCGGCCGACAGUACGGCACACAGGAACAGCAUAUAGAAACACAACAACAUUUCGACAAUGACGAUGUACGACGACGACCAACAACAGACAGUGGAGGAGCGGUGCGACGCUGGGCAACAGCCACGAAAUUUCUUCGCAGCACUGCCGCGUCGCUUGCAGGCAGCGAGUAUAACGACGAGUUUCAGUCAGCGAUGACGACGACACGGUACUCGCUUAUGGUCAAUGCCCGUCAAUGUGAGUCACGGAUGAACGAUUGGGCUGACGCGUUCCUCAUCGCCGCCGAAAGAUCGAUCGACGGCGGCAUGUUUCCCUCGACUGUGUCUGGCUGUGUAACUCGGCGCGGUGUCCGCUGA